AUGGACAUUUCUGAAUCUCAGUCAGUUACUUUAGAUAUUGAACUAGAUAGUGGCCGCUAUUCAACUGCAGGGAUAUCGGGUCAGGGUAGUAAGAAGUCUUCACUGUUCUCUUUCAAUAAUCCACCACCACAUGCAUGGGAUUUGGUUCCGCAAAUACCUAGAAGCAUCACUAUUACUGCACUACCAAAGCGUGGGUUGCAAGAAAUGGAACUUUGUUUGAAUCUUCGUUCACGUGGCUCAAUGCUUAAUUGGGAGUAUGUUGCCGCAGCAUUCGGUUUUUCUAAUAACAAAAUCAUGCAUUUACGAACAUCUUCAAAUCCAACUGCAGAUGUGUUGCGAGAAAUAGCAGGUCAUCCAUUGAAAAGCUUACUUGAUGCACUGGCAAAAAUCAAUCGGGUCGACGCAUUGUUAUCACUUCAGCCAUAUAUUGAGAGCGCUGUCAGUUCUGGGGGAAAAUCAGAAACACCAAGUACUGAUUCAGUUAUUUUGGUGACGCAUCAUGAGCUCGAUACACAUAUUGCUGUGCGAAAUAAUUUUCGAUGGUUUUUUAAAAAUUUAAGAAAGCGAGCUAAACAAUCUGGUUUUUUGGCAGUUAACAUUGAUGAUUGUAUGGAAACUAGUUGUGAAUUUGAGGGCUUACAUGCAUUAUUUGCUAAUGCAUCCAGCAUUGUUUGUGUGUUCACGGAUGACUAUGUGGAAUUACUGAAAUCAAAGAGAAAUGAACAGACAGUAAUGGUGAAGCAAUAUUUGCACAAACUAAUGAAUUCUGAAUUUCUAGAACGAGGAGAAAAUAAGCGAUUCCGUGCUGUCAUUUUUCAGGGAACAGGACGUGACUUACUUCCUCUUGGUUGGGCGAAAAGUACAUUGGUGUAUGAAUUCCCUGCAAAUCAUUUGCAACUCUUUCAAAGGCUGUUUGCUUGA